AUGGCGUCCCAUGGCAAGGUCAUGGACCUCUUCGACGAGCGCUAUCUCGAGUUACAAGAUGUUGUUGGCAACGUCGAACCGCCACCCACUCUAGUACCUUAUGAGCAGUACAAGGCUCACGCCAUCACCUACCGAAUGGACACGAACCAUGACGUUUUCUUCGCGCUUCUCCAAGACUUCACGGAGCGCAAGGCGUUGGAGACGGGCAAGGAGCUGUGGACGUGGUGUGUGCAGUGGGAAGUCAGUCAGACAGCGGCUCGCCAAUCCCUCGCGGCAUCGCAAUCAGCAAAGAGGCCUCGCCUUGACUUAGACCCGCCGAACACCCCUACCGCGCCGAAACCGGUCAGCAACGCGCCUCCGAUGACUCUGCAUGCUCGCUGUAUAGAUCCCGAUCUCUUGCACGAGGAGGACAUGUUACGCAUUCUGGUAGAUAUCGUGCAGGUCGACAGCACAGUGGUCCCCAACUUCAUCGAAUUCCUUUACAGGUGGAUCGACUUUUACGAAGGAGACGGAAAGGCUCUGAAGGCGGCUCUACAUGGCGAGAUUCCAAGCUUGUGGGACUUUGAAUAUCAUCCAUUUCUUGUCACUCAGGAAGCCAAAAAAGAAAUUAAUCAAGCAAGAGGUGUCGCCCAAGAUAGCGGGAAGGACGGACAAGGCGGUGACACAACCACCCAGAUGCGACAAAAGCCCGACCUAGCGGCACUCGAACGCAAGACAGAAGAAAGCGAACGUCUGAAGUACCGCGAAGUACACUUCGGCAUCCAGCCCCCAAAGCUAGACGAGCCUCUGCCACCUCUCAUCAACGUCCCCCGAGACCAGUACAAGCGAGCCAAGUAUUACGAAGCUUGUUUCAAAUCGCGACAACGCGCGUUCUUCUUACUCGUAGAAGCAGGAGUCACCGCACAGAACAUGCGAGACUACCACAGAGAUCAGCCAAUGAGCCUGCAAGAGACGCCACCGCUCGUGGACGGAGGCGGCCUCAAGAACUACGAGAAGGACGCAAAACUUGCGCAAGCUUUCAAGUCGCUCAAGGAGCGACAUAGGGCAAAGCAAUUGGAAAUCUCCAUCAGCAACAAACUGGCGGACGAGGCUCAGUUUGCCGCGCGCAGUGCUGCUCCCCGAAGUCCAUCUGGUGUCCCUCUCAUCCCUACCACGACCACUCACGCCCAUCGCCCGGAUGUGACUGACGGCAUAUUGCACAAGAUUCAGCAGACCAAAAAUGAGGAACUCCAAAGGAUCAGCAUCGUUCCUACACCACUUGUGGGUAAGAUGAAGAGCACGCUGUUCCGAGGUGCAAGAGACAAAGCGGGUUUGCAAGCGAUGUUCGCGCGUAGUAGUUUCCCAUCGAUUCCACGUUCUUCAGGCAACUUUGAUGGCGGUAGGUGGAACAACAAGAACGACGGCGAUGGGAGUACCGAUGAAGAUUCAGACGACGGCAUGAGUGCCCCAAGGGCCAGAAUGCGUCUGCUGCCUACACCCUUAUUGCCAUCGCCUACAUCGCUUCCUCGUCCGAACCUACCAUCGCUUCCUCGUCCGAACCUACCAUCGCUCAAGACGCUUCCCUGUCCAUCUCUACCACCGCCUGCAUUGCUUCCUCGUCCAAACCUACCGCCGCUACCGCGCCCACCGCCUGCGAUGACCUCCACUCAACCUCAAAAUACGUUCAUUCCUGACACGACACUGUUCCCCCACCUGCAACACCGAUCAAGCCAGGCCGCUCUACCCACCACAGAAGUUGCAUCUGCUGCAGAACAGACGCUACCAAAUGUUGCGGCGCUCAUGCGAAAUAUCACUCCAAAUCCCGCAGACCAAAUGAUAGGGAUGCUUAAGCAGCAGCUGGACAAUCUCGUGUGCAAAGCCCCCAUCCCUAUCCUCAAGCACAUGUUCCGGCGGUGUCUCAAGCUCCAAAUAUUACUGUAUCUGGACCGCAGUUACCUUCUCAACACCAACUGCCUGGGAGCUUCCAAGGAGGCUUCGGUCCUUAUGCUCGACCGCCGCUACCACCUGGAUUUGAACACCACCAUCAUUCUACAUCUGGAUAUGGGGCUCAUCCUUUGA